AUGAGUAAAAGGCCAGUGAUAGAGUCGGAAAAAGCAGUUUGGCACGACGACGACGACGAUGAUACCGUGGUUUCAGUGCCGAAAAAAGUGAAAAAGACUUUGAAGGUGGAAUUGAAGCGGACGACCGAUGAAGAGCACGGAGAACUCGAUUCCAAGGUAUUUUAUGCAGAAAUAGGGGCGAUUUAUUGAUUUUUUGCAGGAAUAUGUCGGAAGAUUGCAAGAGGCGUUCAAAAAACGACACGGAGCCACGCCAAAGUGGGCGCAAACUGCUGAAGGUCGGGAUAAAUGCAAAAUGGCUCUAAAUAAGUUAUAAAUGGUUCAGAUGACGACGAAGAAGGAUCUUUGCUCAAAAGCGCUGCCGGAUACCUGGCAAAAGACACGAAAUUGCCGAAAACCACGAUUCAAACGUCGAUUGUCAAAAAUUUCAAUAUUGGACAUCGAUUGACGGUUAGCAAAUUUUUGAAAUUUGUGUCAGAAUGUGAAAAAGUGUUGUUCAAUGCUACUAAAACUGUUUUUCUGUUCAGCGCAGUAUCACAGUCGUCAAGUUCCACAAAACGCGUCCGGUCCUCAUUACCGGUGAUUUAGGAGGAAAUGUUCAAUUGUUCGAGGUUUUUCUUUAAAAAUUACCACUUGAUUGUGGUAAUUUUGUGCUGUUUUAGGUCAGCAACGAGGUCAAAAAAGAUCAUUUUUUGCAAAGCGCGACUUUUAAAAAUUUCCCAAUCGAUUCGAUGGAAAUUGCCGAACAAGGACACGCGGUUAUUUGCUCUUCCAGUCGACAGGUACUGUAUUAAUUUUGGAGAAGAAAAACCGAAAAAAACUGUUCAGGAAUAUUUGAUGAAAUACAAUAUGGAAACGAGAGAAGUGACGCAGUUGACAAUGCCGAAAUGUUGGUUUAUUUUUUAGUUGUAAGCCCAAAAGUCAUUGUUUCAGCGAUUCCAAAGCAAGGAAUCCGUCUUUUCGCCGUCUCGCACGAUUCCCAAUUUCUGGCGGUCGUCGGACACAAUUUUCACGUCUACAUCCUUCAUUCCACUGUUAGUUGUCCAAAAAUCCGACUAUUCUUAAUAUAAUCAUAAUAACAAUCUAUUUUGCAGUCUAUGGAGCACAUCAAGACGAUUUCUCUGCCCGCCAACGCGGCGGCCAUCAAAUUUUUCCCGUCGCACAACAAGGAGAUUUGGGUCAUUUGUGGUGGGUUUGAAAAUGCGCUUUUCCUGGGAUAUUCAUGAGAAAAUUUGCAGUCACCGGCCAAAUCGUGAUCGCCGACAUUUCUCCGUCGGGAAACAAGCCGCAACACGCGUUCAUCGACGACGGAGCCGUCCACGGAACCGCGCUCGCCAUCAGCCAACACGGAGACUUCUUGGCCACCGGGUAAUUGAUUUACCCGAUUUUUCCAGGGCCGGGCAAAUUUCGACGCCCAGGCUUUUCGAAGGUCUGAACUUUUGGACCACUUGCAAUGAUCCGAUCAGGACCAAACUUUGCAGGAUUCUUGGGAUUGGAUUGAAGUAUAUUGGGUCCGAGUUUCAGACCGAUCUAAUCAUCAGGUCCAGAGAUAUGUAGAUCGGAUGCCGAAAGGCCGGGUUUCUGCGAAAGAUGCGGUCUCUUCUGAUCCACAUAUCUCGGGACCAGGUGACCCGAUCGAUCUGAAACUUGGACUCAAUGUACUUCCAUCCAAGUCCAAGAAGCCUGCAAAGUUUAGGCCUGAUCGGAUAAUUACAAGUAGGCCAAAAGUCCUGGUCUCGGUCGGCCUUUUUUUUUCUGAAACGUGCACGAAUAGAAUAUUGUCGUGUUUGCAGAAGUGACACGGGAAUCGUGAACGUCUACUCGGGACGUGACUGCCGCGCAUCCGCGACGCCGCGGCCCCUUUUCAACGUCUCCAACCUGGUGACGUCCGUGUCGGCGGUGGCGUUCAACGCGGACGCCCAACUGAUGGCGAUUUGUUCGAACGUGAAGGAGAAUCAGGUGCGGCUCGUCCACAUGGCCAGCCAUUCGACGUUCAAGAACUUUCCCGACCGAGGCGGUGGCGUCAAAAAGGCGAAGUGCGUCGACUUUUCGCCAAAAUCCGGAUUUAUGGCUGUGGGAAACGAGGACGGACGCCUACAUCUCUACAAUAUUCAUCAUUUCGCCGAGUAUUGA